CCCACAUAUAAAAGUGACGACCGCGAGCGCCAACUGAUUCAGUAUUUUUUUCUCUCGCCUACAGUUCGCUUCGAAAACUUAUUUUCAACAAACAAUCAAAUCAAAAUGAGUUCCGCAGAGUACUACCCAUUCAAGUGCACACCCACUGUCUACCCGGCGGAUCCCUUCGAUCCCGUUGAGGAUGCUGCCAUUCUGCGCAAGGCCAUGAAGGGUUUUGGCACUGAUGAGAAGGCCAUUAUUGAGAUCCUCGCCCGUCGCGGCAUUGUGCAGCGUCUGGAGAUUGCAGAGGCCUUUAAGACCGCGUACGGCAAGGAUCUGAUUUCGGACCUCAAGUCGGAGCUGGGCGGCAAGUUCGAGGAUGUGAUUGUGGCGCUGAUGACACCGCUGCCACAGUUCUAUGCCAAGGAGCUGAACGACGCCAUCUCUGGCUUGGGCACCGAUGAGGAGGCCAUCAUUGAGAUCCUCUGCACCCUGUCCAACUAUGGCAUCAAGACCAUUGCCCAGUUCUACGAGCAGAGCUUUGGCAAGCCCCUGGAGUCGGACCUGAAGGGCGACACCAGCGGACACUUCAAGCGCCUCUGUGUGUCCCUCGUCCAGGGCAAUCGUGACGAGAACCAGGGCGUCGAUGAGGCUGCGGCCAUCGCCGAUGCUCAGGCUCUGCACGACGCCGGCGAGGGACAGUGGGGCACUGAUGAGUCCACCUUCAACUCGAUCCUCAUCACCCGCUCGUACCAGCAGCUGCGUCAGAUCUUCCUCGAAUACGAGAAUUUGUCCGGCAACGAUAUCGAGAAGGCCAUCAAGCGGGAGUUCAGUGGCUCAGUGGAGAAGGGUUUCCUUGCCAUUGUCAAGUGCUGCAAGUCCAAGAUCGAUUACUUCUCGGAGCGCCUGCACGAUUCCAUGGCUGGCAUGGGCACCAAGGACAAGACGCUGAUUCGCAUCGUUGUCAGCCGCUCGGAGAUCGAUCUGGGUGACAUUAAAGAGGCAUUCCAGAACAAGUACGGCAAGAGCCUGGAGUCGUGGAUCAAGGAGGAUGCUGAGACCGAUAUUGGAUAUGUGCUAGUCACACUAGCGGCUUGGUAGAGCGGAUCCAGCCAGCAUACAGAUAUAUACAUGCAGAUUUAAACCCUCCCCCACCCAACUGCUAAAAUAGAAAAUGCCAAAAAAAAACAGAACAAAAAAAUGUUGCAUUUUGAAGAAAAAAAAAAGAAUGAAAUUAAUUAUGUAGUUCUCUAAUUCCAAUUGUAAUUCUA